AUGGUCUCAGAAACGCCCCAUCCUGAUGCAUUGAGAGCUGAAACUGAUGAAUUGCUGUGUGAGAGUAACGAUGGAGGGUCUUCCUUUAGCCUCAUCAUGAUGGGAACCUUGAACGACACCAACGAUGAAAACGAGCCAAUGCUCAUAUUGCAUUUGGAAGACGUGACAGAAGCAAUCAACCAAAUGUAUAACCUUGCGUCCCAAAUACGCAGCCCUAAAUUAAGGACAAUCCGUACUGAUAUUGAUAUCUACAAGAAGGUAGAUGGCGAAAUCAAGUCUAAGUACAUCAAAAUGAGGAAAAGGGCCGAACUGCAGGGUAUUGAACACAUCGUGCUGCAGUCCCGGAAAUUGUUGAUUGAGUCUCGAGAUGAGGAAGCGGACCUGGUUCUAAUGCAUGAGGAUCAGUGCCUCAUACAGCGUCUGCAAAAAGCGAAUAACGCUCGUCGCCAGCAGUUUGAGUGUUGGAGGCGGUCAAAACAACGGUCUAUUCGAGCAGCAUCCAAGGCUAUCGAAACCGUACCUAGUUCACAACAUCAUGACGAAAGGUUGACGAAGGUGCCAAAGCACGACACACCCUCUUUGGUGCAACCCUCUGAGGUUUCACGACCAUUGUUGUCUUCAGUUCCUGCGCUUCCCAAAGACUAUAUCCUGAGGGGUAACUACAAAUAUACGUACUCGGGAACGAGUCCAGGUCUCACUGUUCCUGGACUCUCCGGUGAAAAGGUCAGUUGGCCAAAAUCUCCUGUGGCUGGUCCCUUGAAGGAAGACUUUGAGUGUCCUUUCUGUUUCUAUUUCUGUACUCCAAGGUACUCUGAAGGCGCUGCUUGGAGAUCGCACCUCAAGCAUGACCUUCGACCCUAUGUCUGUACAUAUGAUGGUUUUACCGAACCAAAUGUGCUAUACGAUAGCUGGGAAGAGUGGACACGCCAUGAGCAAUGGGCGCAUCAGCAAAGUAUAUGGCGAUGUCCGGAGCACCCUCAGCAUGAACACGUUGAGCUUGCUGCGUACGAAGAUCACGUGAGGACUUAUCAUGCGGCAUCUAUCCAUCAGCUGCUUUCCUCCGAGCUUGUGAAAUCCCAGGAGUCCGUUUCGCAAGUGUGCGAUAGACCUUGCCCCUUCUGCCGGCUUGAAAUUGAGCGAUCAAUUGAUCUGCAGCAACAUAUUGCAGGCCAUCUCGAGUCGAUCGCGCUGCUCACUUUACCAAAUAUGGACGACACUGACGGAAAUUCCGAAGCAGGAAACGCAAACUCAAAUUCAACUAAUCAUAAUUAUGCAGAGUCUUGA